AUGGAGACCCAACGCCAAGUCGUCCAGCCAGUGAGCAGUCGAAAAUGGCAGAUGGCCAAAAUCGCGCUGCAGUCCGCGUCGCUCGCGUUCUGCGCCGCAGUCAUUGGCAUCAGCGCGGGGACGUUCUGGGGAGGAAACUAUUGGCCGGGGAUGCUAAUGGUGCCUGUUGCCGCGGCGACGGCAGCGUGGACGAUCGCGGAGUUCGUGACGCUACUGGUGCGGAGGAAGAGGAGGGGGGGAAGCGCAGCAGCAGCAGCAGGUCGUGGAAUCCACCCGGGCGCCCACGUCGGCGUGCAGCUUAUCAUAUUCCUGGCCAUGAUCUACGUGCUCUUCUAUUUGUGCAUGCUGUGGGUAAGCGUCCAGAGGAGCGUCGUGCGGUGCAACGAAUGGGAACGCGACCCUAGGAAUCCGGACUGGGUCGUCGAGGGCCACGACGACGAUGAUGAUCUGGACGUGAGCCGGCAUUCCGGCGGCUACACCACGUCGUACUACUGCCCGGAGAGUCGCCGUGUUCUGGUCAACAGCAAGUCGUUCCAGUCAGCGGUGCAGGCUCUUAUUGCGUUAUGCGGUCUGCUAUGGGCUAUACAUUUCACCCUUUUCGUUCGAGCAUGUGUCGAAACGCAACGACGAAAUAGGCUUCGUCCUGCGGGUGUGGUAUACCCGCAGCCAGCAUGGCCGGCACCAUACGGGGCCAACUACCCGCCUAACAACAACAACUUCCCUCAGGCGGGACCAGGACAUGUACCCAGCUCCGAAGCAAGACUUUACACCUUCUCCCAGGAGACCAAAGACCAUCUGCGCAAGUUCCGCUUAACCACUUCGAGGGCAAGUGGACCACAAGCUGUGAUUUAUUACAUCGACAAGAAGACAUAUGAGAUCAAGCAAGACGACGAUAAGGUAGUAUACAAGUCUCUUGACGAAAUUGCCGACGACUUGCCUGAUAAUACGCCGCGUUAUAUUCUUCUAAGCUACCCUUUAACUCUGCCGUCCGGCCGUAUGUCUGUGCCCUACGUCCUCCUGUAUUACCUACCGAAUACAUGUAAUGCCGAGAGCCGCAUGAUGUACGCUGGCGCGAAGGAGUUAAUGCGGAACACGGCCGAGGUCGGCAAGGUAAUUGAUGUGGAAAGUCCGGAGGACUUAGAAGAUAUCCCCAACAAGUUGAGCGCCGAAUAG